AUGGCAGAUCUCCCAACAAGCCGUGUUCAACCGCAUCGACCUUUCUUACACGUGGGUAUGGACUAUGGAGGGCCUUUCGUCAUCAAGGAAUCUCGCCGUCGUAAUGCUCGCACUUCAAAGGUGUACCUUGCCCUGUUCAUCUGCAUGUCAGUAAAGGCGGUCCAUUUGGAAAUUGUUUCUGACUUGACAACAGACGCCUUUCUCGCUGCAUUAGAUCGUUUUGUAGCUCGUCGUGGAACUCCUGAACAUUUGUAUUCCGACUGUGGGACAAACUACGUCGGAGCUGCUCGGCAACUUAACUCUAUAUUUAAGGACACCACUGUACAAGAGCAAAUGAUUUCUCACCUUCCGUGCACUUGGCAUUUUAAUCCCCCAGCCGCACCACACUUCGGUGGGUUGUGGGAAGCUGCAAUCAAGAGUUCAAAAUAUCACAUGAAGCAUGUCAUUGGUACUCAAAUUCUAACAUUUGAGGAAAUGCUAACAUUGGUCACCCGCAUCGAAGGAAUAUUAAAUUCACGGCCACUUACAUCGUCUCAUCAGAUCCAAAUGAUCUCGUUCCGUUAA